CCAUCCGGUAAGUUGAGUAAUGGCUGCGCCCAUGAUCAGUAAACACAGCCAAAUUACAACACCAGUUAUGAUCUAAUACGUGAUAGUUGUCAGGUCAGAUAUGGCUGGUCGGUUUGCUAAUGCGACGUUCGCAUUUAGGAAGAACUUUACGCUGCCUGACAAGGACAUGGUCAGAUGGUUCCCCGGCCACAUGCAGAAAGGAGUUCUCCAAGUACAACACAUGUUGAAAAACAUUGACUGUGUUGUUGAACUCCAUGAUGCUAGGAUACCGUUCUCGGGACGGAACCCUCGCUUUAAUGACAUCAUAUCACUUCGUCCUCAUGUCCUUGUAUACAACAAAAAAGACCUGUGUGAUCUAAGAGAGAAACACCUGAUACUUUCAAAGUUAAAAUCAGAGGGCGUUGACCAAGUGAUGUUCACUCAGAGCACAGUAUCCACUAAGAACAGUUUUAUGUCAAAGGAGCUAUUUUCAAUGGUGACAAACGCCAUCGAGGCAAGGCCCCGGUAUCAUAGAGCUGAGUUGAAUGAGUUCAACUUACUCGUGUUAGGAGUGCCGAAUAUAGGGAAGUCAACAUUUCUAAAUUACUUGAGGAGAUUGAACACGACACAUCACAAAAAGGCUGCAUUAGUUGGAGCCAAAGCUGGCGUCACAAAGUCGGUAGGUCAUAGAGUGAGGGUGAACUUUGACCCACCAAUCUUUCUAAUUGAUACGCCCGGGAUCCUGACCCCCACUGUACCAAAUAUCCAUGUGGGAAUGAAGCUUGCACUGUGUGGCUGUAUGCCAGACCAUUACGUUGGCGAGGAAUACAUCGUAGACUACAUGUUAUACUGGAUGAACAAACAACAGAAAUUUGGUUACGUUAAAUAUUUCGAACUUGAUGGACCUAUAGAUGAUGUGUUGCCAUUUCUAAAACAUGUGGCUCUAAAAAAUAAACUUAUUAAAAAGAUAAAAUCGGCGGAGACACGUCAAUUUGUACAUAUUCCAGACUUCAGCGGUGCUGCAAACAUUGUAUUAAAGUCAUUUCGUAAAGGAGAUUUAGGCAAAUUUAUGUUGGAUGAUGACCUUCUUUGAUAUUAACAUGAUAUGUCAGAUUUGUUGUGCAUAGUCAUUAUCUGAAAUGUCAAAUGACUAACCCCAUCUAGUGUGUGAUGUGUACAGCUAUGGGUGUUAGACAUGCAUGGGACAUAGAGAAAAUUACUUUCAUUAUUUGCAGUGAAUCAUCAGACAUUCAGAAUUUAUUUACAUUCUUUUAUGACGCAUUAAUAAGGUACUUGUUGACAUGUGCCUGAACGACUUUGUUUUUUAAAAACCUCAUUGUGAUCUGGAUCAAUUAUUUUUAUUAACAAAUUAUGAUUUUGGUAUAGAAAUGCUAGUUUAAGCUUGCCCUAGGUUAAGUGACUGAACUUCGGGAAUUAGCUGUCAAUGUUUUUAUGGCAGCUGUAAUUAAUGUAUUACUUAAAAAAACAAAUUACGUACAAAGCCAUGACAUUUGGGUAGCAACUAAUCCUGGAAUGAAACUUUGUUAAAAAAAACUUGAUCUAUAGCUAGUUGACUUACUUUCGAAGGUGAAAUACACAUGUAUGUGUGAACAAUAUUUGAAUGACAUUUGAGUAUUGGGUAGCAAAUUAUUGCCUGGAAUGAAAAGUUGCUAAAGAAAAAAAAACAUUGAUCUUUAGCUGCUUGACUAAUUUUAUAAGUCACCAGGUGAAAUAAGAGUGAACAAUAUUAGAAUGACUCCUAACAAAGCCAGGCACCUAGGUCUUCCUGGUAGGCCUGCCAUCAAUCACUACAACUAAGCAUCACACACUUUAAUAUUCUCAAAUCAUCUUUGUUUGACCUGAUUAUAUUGGUUUUUUUGUUUGUUUUGUUUUGAUUACCAAAAGACUAUUAAUGCAUAUAUAUAUAUAUAUAUUAUUGACAUGUGAGUGUGUAAAACACAGAAUAAAAGUGACCUGAAAUGAAACUGAG